UACUACGCUAUAUCAGCUUUAUGCACUUUGGUGAUUUAUACUAUUUUACCGUAAGUCCACUGUAACAUGAUUAUAAUGUUUAAUGUUUAUUUAGUCAGGGGAACUUAUUUCCUUUACAUAAGUUAUUGGCUUCUAAGGUCACGCUGCCAUUAAGCACAGUGUUUAAUGCAGAGAGCAUGAUUGGCCUUGAGAUAAGACAAACACCCUUACACAGUAAAAUGCAAUAAAGCUGGGCAUGAACAAAUUGACAAGAGCUUGUCAUGUUCUUUCUUUGUCUCAGCACACACGUGACACAGACUUUGGACUUUGGUAACACAAUAAUUUAGAGACCUGAGCGUUGGGUCGUGCAAGCUUUCAAGUUUUCCACAUUUUAGUCACAUUCAAGUCACACACUCCCACACAAAGUUUUGCAGUAAUGGGCGUUUUCUCAGCUGUUAUUUAGUCUUGACAAGUGUGCCAGAGAUAAAAGGAAACAGGAGACAUUCAUUUGAAGGAAAAAGCACAGACGAAGGAAACAUCACAGAAUCUGCAAGAAAGAGCCAUGUGGACUGUCCUUUGCCUGCUGCUGGCCCUCUCCGGAGGCGUUCUGCCUCUGGACAAACUCAACAUGUGUAUGGAUGCAAAACACCAAAAAAAAGAACCUGGCCCAGAGGGAGAACUAUUUCAACAGUGUGCUCCCUGGAAAGACAAUGCAUGUUGCAGAGCCAAUACCACUGAAGAAGCCCACAAAGACAACUCCUACCUGUACUUCUUCAACUGGAACCACUGCGGUGCUAUGAGCCCUAAGUGCAAGAAACAUUUCAUCCAGGACACUUGCUUCUAUGAGUGCUCUCCACACCUGGGGCCCUGGAUAAAGACAGCGAGUGAGCAGUGGCGCAACGAGCGUAUCCUGGACGUGCCUCUGUGUAUCGAGGACUGCAACAGCUGGUGGGAAGACUGCAAGAAUGACUUCACCUGCAAGAGUAACUGGCACAAGGGGUGGGACUGGUCUUCAGGUACCAACAAAUGCCCUCAAGGCAGUAAGUGCACAAAGUGGACUGAGGUUUUCCCCAACCCCAAGUCCAUGUGUGAACAAAUCUGGUCCAACUCCUACCUCUAUACAACCUACUCCAAGGACUCAGGCCGCUGCAUGCAGAUGUGGUUCACUGGGCCAAACCCCAACAAGAAGGUAGCAGAGUACUACCUUAACAGCGCACCGCAACGCCAAGGUUUUGCCCCGACAGCAGCACUUUUCCUGGCAGCUGCUUGGUUUUCCGUAUUUAUGUAUUAAAAUAUUCUCAAACUAUCCUGCAUUGCAUUGAAAACCCCAAGAACCUUCUUGAACGUUGGUCUAUCUCUGCUGUAUUCAGGUUAGCCAUUCAGUCUCAUAACUCUCGCGCUCACUCAUUAUCUUGGCUAGAAAACAUUUUGUGCACUUUCCCCUGAAAUUAUGUUUCUCCAGUUCUAGGAACGGUGAUGUAAGUUAAGGGACAUUCUUCAAAUCUACUAUCUGUUAUCUAAAGUAUGACCUAGAUUUCGGUGGUAAAAGUUUAAAAUUCAGGGUCACGUCUGUUCUAACCUUGUGCCUGUGAACUCUGAGUACAACCAUCCACUGAUAUUUAUAGUAUUAUUGUUAGAACCUUGGAUGUCAGAGCCAUACAACAGUAAAGUGAUAAUUCUGGAUUACUUCACAUGGAGCUUUGCAGUUUCCAUAUAUAUGUAUAAUCACAUAAAUGGAAAAUAACCCGUUCGUACUUCUAUGUUCUUCUGGUUUACUUUUUCGGGCCCUUUGUGCUUUGUCAUUUACUUCUUAGUUAUCCUUUCAGUCUUCAUUAUAUCCAGCCUUUGUCUAUGAAGCUGUGAUCAUGAAUAAAUAAGACUGAAUUCA